AUGAGUCAUGGCAAAGGAAGUUUCAAUCAAGAGCAAAAGGUGAAAAUUUUGACUGUAAACCGAUUGUGUAAAAGACAAGUGAUAACAGCUAUCAAUGAAAGCCUUCCGGGACCAACACUGAAUGUUCAAGAGGGUGAUGAGAUAGUUGUUCAUGUCUUUAACAAGUCUCCUUAUAACCUUACAAUUCACUGGCAUGGAAUAUUUCAGAGGUUGACACCAUGGGCUGAUGGUCCCAGCUCCAUCACCCAAUGCCCGAUCAUGCCGGGGAAUAGCUAUACUUAUCGGUUCAACAUCACCGGCCAAGAAGGAACACUAUGGUGGCACGCCCAUGUACAAUGGCUCCGGGCAACUGUCUAUGGGGCACUAGUCAUCCGACCAAGAGAUGGACAAGAAUACCCUUUUCCUAAGCCCUUUCAAGAAGAUACAAUCAUCAUUGGAGAAUGGUGGAAUGCUAACCCCAUUGAUGUAGAGAACGCCGCCAUAGCCACCGGUGGCGCAGCUAACAAGUCUAUCGCUUACACCAUCAAUGGGUGGCCUGGGGAUUUAUAUUCUUGUCCUUCAAGAAAUACACACACUUUGGAAGUUGUUCAAGGGAAAACAUAUAUGUUACGUAUAAUCAACGCCGCCCUCAACACCCAAAUGUUUUUCAAGGUAGCCAACCACCGCAUGACGGUAGUGGCGGCGGACGCAGUCUACACAAAUCCAUAUCCUACAGAUGUUGUUGUAGUGGGUCCCGGUCAAACAACUGAUGUCCUAUUGACCGCUGACCAGUCACCGGGAUCCUAUUACAUGGCUGCCCGCGCGUACAUUAGUGGAACUGGUCGCACUUUCAACAACAGCACAACCACCGCAAUCCUCACCUACAGAAACACCACCACCACCUUGCUGCCGCCGCCACUCCUCCCGGACAUGCCGCCUUUCAACGACACCCCAACCGCAUUUAAGUUUAUGAGCAAUCUAACAUGCCUCAUACAAAGCCCGUUUUGGCACCCUGUAUCACAGAAAGUAGAUGAAAACAUGUUUAUUACGAUAGGGCUAGGGAUAUCAUCAUGUGCAAGUGGAACAAAAUCAUCAAACCAAACUUGUGGAGGCCCACUCGGGCAGCGGUUUUCCGCUAGCAUGAACAACCACUCCUUCGUGCUUCCGACCAAAUUGUCAAUCUUGGAAGCUCAUUUCUUCAACGUUAGUGGGAUCUAUACGCCGGACUUCCCUAAUGAACCACCGGUGAAAUUCGAUUACACCAACGUCAACAAUAGUUUGAAUCAAGCCCUGUUGAAUACACCCAAAUCAACGAGCGUGAAGAAACUAAAGUAUAAUUCGACGGUGGAGAUUGUGUUUCAGAACACUGCAUUGAUCGGAAUGCAGAACCAUCCCGUACACUUGCAUGGGUAUAACUUCUUCGUGUUGGCUCAAGGUUUUGGCAAUUAUGACCCCGUCAAAGACAGGAAAAAGUUUAAUCUUGUGAACCCACAACAACGGAAUACUAUCGGUGUGCCUGUCGGCGGUUGGGUGGUGAUGAGAUUCCGAGCAAAUAAUCCAGGUGUAUGGAUCAUGCACUGUCAUCUGGACGUACACUUGGGUUUGGGUUUUGCCACCGCGUUUGUGGUUGAAAACGGAGGGACAGAGGACUCGACGGUGCCACCGCCACCGGCGGACUUGCCAAAGUGCUAG